AUGCAAUUUGCCAAUAAGGAUGAACUCAAGGAAGCUAUUAGGGAGUAUGCAAUUGUGCAAGGGAGGAAUGUUAAAUUGGUGAAGAAUGAUAAUAAAAGGAUUCAAGCAAAGUGUGCAGGUCACACGAAAUGCCCUUUUAUUCUGUUUGCUUCCAAGAUAGAUAAAGAUGAGCAGACAUUUGCCAUAAAGACUUUGUCCUUAGAGCAUGAGUGGGCAUUCAAGGCUGAGGUUUUAGAAAAGUACCAUAUGAAUGUUUCAAAGCAUCAGAUUUAUAGAGCAAAGAACUUGUCCAAUGUGAUCAUUGAAGGCAACUAUGUGGAGCAAUAUGCGAGGCUAUGGGACUAUGCAGAAGAAUUGAAAAAGGCUAACAAGGGCAGGGCAGCUACUAUUCACGGACCUUACACAGGGCAAGUUUUAACAACCAUUGGUGUUGAUGAGAAUAAUGGAAUGUACCCAGUUGCUUAUGCUGUUGUAGAUGUGGAAUCAAAAUGUAGUUGGAUUUGGUUCCUUGAACUUUUGAUUGAAGACUUAAAAGUUAAGAAUGGGGAAGCUUGGGUGUUUAUGAGUAACAAACAAAAAGGUCUAAUACUUGCAAUUGAGACAUUGCUUCCAACAGCUGAGCACAUAAUGUAUGUUAGGCAUCUCUACAGUAACUUCAGGACAGAGCAUGCUGGCCUUGCAUUGAAAAACAUUCUCUGGGCUGCGGCAAGAGCAACUACCAUUCUCUGGUAUGAAGCAGAAAUGGACAAGAUGAAAAAGCAAGAUGAAGAGGCAUGGAAGUGGGUUAAGAAAAGACCAGCCAAAAAUUGGAGUAGAUCUCAUUUUGAGCCACAUUUUAUGUGUGAUAUGUUAUUGAACAACCUCUGUGAAUCCUUUAACUCUUGCAUUUUAGAUUUAAGAGACAAGUCUAUCUUAACAUGUCUAGAAAGGAUUAGAGUUUAUAUCAUGUUAAGGAUGGCUAAUAGAAGGAUUGUUGGUACGGUUUGGAGACAUCCAAUUGGGCCUAGCAUUGUCAAGAUCAUUGAGAAGAACAAGUUGGGAGCUAGUCAAUGCAUUACUAGAUUAGCAGGUGAGGGCAAAUACCAAGUGAGCCAUAUGUAUAAGGGAGAGUAUGUAGUGGAUCUAAAAGCCAACACUUGCUCUUAUAGAAGAUGGGAUUUGUGUGGGAUCCCAUGUUCUCAUGCUAUUUCUUAUAUCUUUCAAAAUGAUGCAAAUGUGUUUGACUAUGCACAUGACUGCUAUAAGAAAGAAGCCUACCUGAGUUCAUAUGAACUUAUGCCUGGAAGACCUAAGAAAUCAAGGAACAAAGAAACAACUGAUGUUGAAGUACCUGCUCCAGUUCCUCCAAAUCCUUUGCCCCCAUUUUACAAUCCACCACCUACUAAGUGGAGAAGGAUUUAUGUCAAGAUAAGAUGCUCAAUUUGUGGCAAGGAGGGACAUAAUAAGACACGGCAUGCCAACCAAGGGACAGCACAGGCCGUUCCUAAUCAGCCCAACCAAGGAGCAGUUGGCUCUUCUACAGUCCAAGGGGCAACUCAGGCCGUUCCUAACCAGCCCAACCAAGAAUCAGUUGCCUCUUCUACAGUCGAAGGGGCAACUCAGGCCCACCCUAAUCAGCCCAACCCAACUAGAGGCAGAGGGAGAGGUAGAGGAACGACUACAAGAAGAGGGAGAGGAGAAAUGCCAACGGGAAGAGGAAAUGUUGGAAAUAGGACAACAGAAAUGCCAAACAAUUUCUCAUCAUCAUCACAACCACUCUCAUCAUCAUCACAGCCAGUCUUUUACACUGGAGCUAUAUCAUCAUCAUCAUAA